AGGUAUUUCAUUGUGGAAAUACACGUUUAGUAGUGGGGUGAAGUAAUUUUCAAUUCAAUGUUAAAAUUAGCAAACCGGAUACUAAAGCUGGUAUGUUUAACUAGUUAUGAUUCGAAGUCAGUAUUCGAGUGCAUCUUUAGUGUACACGUUUAUCGGGUGUCUUUCUGAUAUUACGAUAGUUUUACGCGCAUAUUGAAGUUUCAAUUUUAGUAUAUCGCAUAUUAUAGUCUUGGACGUUACUAGACAAUUUGUUAUCACGUACAAUAAAUACUCUUGUAACACGAUGAAAAUUCGAUUUAAUUUCUCGAUUUCGGUAGUUGUAGCUAUAGUAGUGUCUUCGGUGAACGCAAGGUAUGUCUCUGAGAAUCCCGUUGCCGAUAAACAUUUGAGGACGGGCAAACCCAGUGCCAAACAGUUGUCUAAUACAAGUUUUCCUAUAUCCCAUAUUAACGCCGUAGUAAAGUCCACGACCGAUACCAUCGCGAAUACCUCAUUGGUAAUGUCUCCAGUAAAUACCACUUUGGUCACGUCUCCUGGGAAUAUCACUACGAAAACGUCUACAUCUAAUAACAUUACUGAGACAACGUUCAUCGAGGAAACAGUAAAGGGCACCACUGCCUCUACGCCUAUCGAGGAAAUACACAUGGCGCAGGCAACAACAAUAGCUAGCUUAGAAACGGUAACCGAAAACCAGACAUCCACAAAUCAGACAACAACCGAAAGUGGACUUUUGACAACCAGAUAUAUGAUAAAUCCGAAUCGUAUAAAGUGUUCAAGUGACCAGAUACCAAAUGCAUACGGAAUAUGUGUACCAAUAUUUAAUAAUUAAUUUAACCAUUCCCGAAAUUGGAAUAAUAUUUAUUAUAAAGUACUUAAAAUAAAUGUAAUUUAUUAAAUAUUUUAUUUAUA